CACAAUYUGUUGUCCUGUUGUUGUACGCAAGUGUCGAAGAGGAAAAGCACUUGAAAUGAAAGUCUUGAGUUUUGUGGUGAUUUCGGUGAUGGGCUUGUUUCUGGUCACUGAAGGGAAACAAGUCAUUAAGAGGAAAAAAGAUUUUUGUUUUCUGCAGCCUGGUGCCCUUAAAACCAUGGAAGAGAAAUUWAAUAUCAUCAUGAAAAUAUUGGGAGCAUCUAAUAAGAUAGGAGUGCCCAAAAAUUGUGCUGAAGUUCUUAGAGGGGGUGGAAAGAAAAGUGGUGUUUACACAGUCGAUCCCGAUGGCAAAGGACCAUUCAAGGUUUACUGUGACCAGAAGACGAGUGGAGGUGGAUGGACAGUCUUUCAAAAGAGACAAGACGGUUCAGUCAACUUCUAUCGAGGUUGGGCUGACUACAAGAACGGUUUUGGUGACCUGAAAGGCGAGUUCUGGUUGGGACUGGAUAAAAUCAACCGGUUGACCCAUCAGACUCGUAACCGUCUUCGUGUUGACCUACAAGACACCAAGGGGAACAGCGCGUAUGCCGAGUACGACUACUUUGCUGUGACCAGUGAAAGAAACAAAUACAAACUGAGUCUUGGGACUUAUUCAGGUACUGCUGGUGACUCGCUCUCCUCCCAUCGUGGUAAGGCCUUCACUACCAAAGAUCGUGACUACGAUUCCGAUAAGAGUCGAAACUGUGCAGUGACCUUCAAAGGUGCCUGGUGGUACAAGACCUGCCAUCACUCUAACCUCAACGGUCUGUACCACCACGGGAAACACAAGUCCCAUGCUGAUGGAGUCAACUGGUAUCACUGGAAAGGAUACAAGUACUCCGCUAAGAAAGCCGAGAUGAAGAUAAGACCAGUAUAAAAUGUGAACCAAAUGCUUCUUGCCCUUGGCAGCGCCUAGCUAUAGUCACACCAGUUAAGAACCGAGCUCUUUAGCUUAGAAAAUUUAAUUAAAAUAUUUGUUAAUCAUAAAUGUAAAAGAUCAAAUUUAUUACUAUUUGUAGACUUUAAAUACAAUAGUUUAGAUGAGUAAUCUUGUAGAAUUCAAAAAGUAAAAUAAGACAAAUAAAAUACUGCAGCAUGGAAUUCGAA